AUGAAGAGAUCUCAUUCUUUUGAUUUACCAUCCAUAACCAUCUUAUCAUAAGGUCAAUUGUUGAAAAUGUAAUCCAAAUUUAAAAAUAUGCUGUUGAUAGCAAACUCUUCAAAUUAUGGAAAUUCUACAAGAAAAUCAUUAAGAUCAGAGAAACUUGAUGUAAUGGAUGCAAUAUCGUUGGCAAGCCAAUUAGUAUCUGAAACUCCUUUAUAAAAAACAAAUAUUAGAAGAGCUAGUUAAUAUGAUUAUAUUAGUCUAAAGUAAAAAAGAUUAGAUAGUUUUGCUCCUCUCGUUUAUAUAUAGUAACAUACUAGAGAUGUGACAGUUUACAAGAAGAAAAAAAUAAAACGAAUAAAAAUGCACUAUAGUAUAGUAUAUGAAUACUGCAAUUAGAAUUAAUGAAAAGAACAAAUCUAAAGAAGCAACAAAAAGUUUAGAGAAGCAAAAGUACUCUAUUACCAUAAUAAAUAAAAAUCACACAUAAGAGAGCUAAAACAGUUAUAGAUCAAUUAUUCUAAGGACCAAUAUUAAGAUUGGAUACUGAAUUAGAAUAAAAAAUUAGAAUGUUAAUAUAUUCAUAAAGAUGUCCUCGUUUAUUAUUGAAAAGGAAGACAUGUAUAUAAGUACCAUAAAAUAACAUAUUUGUAUCAAGAGAUAAAUUGUUGAGAUAUUAAGAAGUGAUGGCUAAUAAAUUUGUAAAUUUAUAAAUAAAUCCAUUUAGGAUUAGGCUGAUUCAUCUUGUGAAUCUUCUCCUUAGAUAAUGACGAAGAUUCAAUUUAAGAAGACAUAAUUUAGUAAGAUAUAGGUUGGUGAGAAUACAAUUAAUUAAUAUUUAACUCCUAGAAUACAUUGUGACUGCAAUCUUAAUAUCUUCAGUAGAAAAGCCUCUCAUAGUGUUAUUGCUUAAUAUGUUCAAAAUUUCAUAGAUAAAAAUAAGAAAUUAAAGAAUUGUAUUCAUGGAGAUAAACAAUAGACUUUGAUUAAAUAGCCAAGUCUUAAUGAAUUUAAUACUUAUUUUUUAGCUUAAAAAAGAAGUGUAGAUGUUGGAAGACUCUCUUCAUAAUUGAUAUAAUCUAGAUCAUAAGAUAAUAGUAAUAAAUAGAUUUAGUUAAAUUAAAAGCAAAGUUAAUUUAUCAAUAAAUAAAAAUAAAUUCUGAUUAAAUAAAAAUCAGACUCCUAAUUCAAUUAGAAUAUUAGAAUUAGAACAUUACCAAGUGAUAUCAGUUUGAGUAAAAAUAAAAUCAGCUUGCAAAAAAAGUUAAGACCUUAUCUCAAAUGA